AUGGCUCCCUCCAUCACCAUCUCCGUCCGUCGUCCGUCCGAUGACCCCGUCAUCUUCGUCGCCGGUUCCUUCUCUAGCCCCCAGUGGGAGCCUCUCGAGCUUGCCGUCAAGCCCAUCGACGUCCAGGACGACGAAGGUCUCACCUCCACCGAGUAUCUUUUCUACCGCGAAUUCGAUGUCGCCCCGGGUCAGUAUCAAUAUCGCUUCCGCGAGGGUCCCAAUGGCGCCUGGUUUCACGAUGAGACCGUAAAAACUGUGCCCGGCGAGGACGGUCUCAUUCACAACAUCCUCCAUGUGGAGGACAAGUCCGAACCUGUGCCCGUCAAGGAGGAGCCCGCACCGGUCAAGGACGACGCAGAAAACCACACCGAGACCAACGGUGUCUCGGAGGAGACCACCGCUCCGGUCCAGGAGACUUCCGCCGGGGAGAAAAAAGACGAUUCCAAGCCGGUUGAGCCGGAACCCGUUUCUAAUGGGGUGGAGUCCGAGGUCAACGGAGUGGAGCCUGCAGCCCCUGAACCGGAACAGGAGAAUUCUGCAGCUCCUGCCCCUGAAGCAGAUGCUGUGACUCAGAAGCCUGAAGAGCCUCAGCCGGAGACCAAGCUUGAGGAGGUUCCGGCGGCAUCUACGUCUACCGAAAUGGCGAAGUCUGAGACCACUCCCCAGGCUACCUCCGAGGCCCAGGCCGAUGCGACAACGGAGAAGCUGGAAGAAUCUCAGCCCGAGAAGGGAACGGAGGAACCGACAAAGACAGAGGAAGCGUCUACUGCCUCUCCCGAAACCGAACAGAAACAGAUCGAAGUCACCCCUGAGGCCAACCCCGUUGCGACUGAGGAGAAAGCCGAAGAAACCCAGCCAGCGAAGGAAGUGACAGAACCCGAGACCAAGUCUGAGCAGACUCCAGCUACCACCGAACCGGAGCAGGAGGAGAAGCAGGCUGAGGUCUCUCCUGAGGUUGAGACUCCUGUUGAAACCAAGGACAAGCCGGAGGAAUCCCAGCUAGAGGCCGCGGAAGAGCCUGUCGAGUCGGAGCCGGUAGUCGAAGAGAGGUCUGAAACCGUUCCGGAGACCGCGGAAAAGGCAACUUCUGCCGAAACAGAGACGUCUGAGGUAGAUUCCGCAGAGCCUGCCAAGGAGGCCGUCAAGGAGGAGAAAUCUUCGCAGGAGCCGGUGACUGAAGAGAAGCCUGAACCCGUUCCGGAGACUGCUGAAGAGGCAGCUCCUGUCGAAACAGCGACCGAAGAGCCGGUUCCCGCAGAGCCAGUUACUGAGGAACCAGCCAAGGAGAUCGCCACGGAAGUCGCCAAGGAAGAAGCAUCUCAGGAGCCUGUGGUUGAAGAACCCAAGGAAUCCACUCAGGAGGCAUCCGCAAUUGAGGAGCCAAUGGAGACCCCUGCUGCAGAGACUCAAGCCGUAAAGGAAGAUGCUGAGGCCGCCAAGGAAGAGUCGGUCCAGGAGGCUGUCAAGGAGGAAACCUCUCAGGAACCUGUAGUCGAAGAAUCCAAAGAAUCGACUCAGGAUGAGCCCGUUGUUGAGGAGGCAAACGAGGCUCCUGUCGCAGAGACUUCGGCUGUGGAGGAAGCUGCGGAGGCCGCCAAGGAAGAGUCGGUCCAGGAGGCAGUCAAGGAGGAAUCAUCUCAGGGGCCUGUGGUUGAAGAAUCCAAGGAAUCGACUCAGGAGGCACCCGCUGUUGAAGAGAUAAAGAAGGCUCCUGUCGCAGAGACAGAGACUUCUGCUUUGGAGGAAGCUGCUGAGCCCACCGUGGAGACCGCUAAGGAGCCUGAAGUCAAGGAAGAGUCGGCCCAGGAGCCUGUUACUGAGUCUGUCCCGGUAGAGGAAUCCAAGGAGGAACCAGAGGACUCCAAGGAAGAGCCUAAGGAGGAGUCUAAAGAAGCCACCGAGGAGACUCCUGCCGAGAAAGCCGAGGAACCGACCCAGGAGCAGAUUACUGCUGAAGAAGUCAAGGAGCCCGCCACCGAGGCCACUGUCGAGGAAGCCAUUGAGACUAAGCCGGAGGCUGACGAGCCUGCCCCCGAAGCUGCUCCUAUUGAGCCUACGGAGAAACCUGUGGAAGAGGUCACUGACACUCCCACUGAGGCCACUGCUGAAGCCCCUGAGGAGAAGACCGACGCCCCUGUGACCGAGAACACGCCGGCUGAAGAGGAAAGCAAGGCUGAGGAAGCAGAGGACAAGUCUGCUCAGCCUGAGGAAGCUCCUGUCAAGGAGCAGCCUACUGAGGAGACUGCUGCUGUCGAGACUGCCGAAGAGGUUGCGAAGGAUAUUGAGGAGCCGGCUGCCGAGACCGUCAAAGACACUGAGGAGUCUCCUGCCCCUGAGCCCGCCACGGAAUCCACCAAGGAAGUCGAAGAACCUGAGAAGGCUGUUACUGAAGAGCCCGCAAAGGAGCCUGUCGCUGAGGAGACCGAGGCAACCAGUACCGAGCCUACCAAGGACGACGCCGAGGAGGCACCCAAGGAGCCUGCCGGUGAAGAAGCGAAGCAGGAAGUUGUUGCCGAGGCCGCUGCUGAGGAAGCAGAUGCUGAGGAGACCAAGCAGCCUGAGCCUGUCGCUGAAGAGGCUGUGGCUAUCGAGGAAGCUCCCAAGGCCGAGCCAGAGGCCACGAAGGAGCCUGAACCUGAAGCUCCCGCUGUUGAGGAUUCUCCCAAAGAAGCCACUGUUGAAGAGACUGCUCCUGUGCAACAGCCUACUGAGGAGCCUCCCGUGAAGGAAUCGGAGGAGACCGAAGAGGCCAAGGAACCCGUUGCCGAGCCUGUUACUGAGGAGCCGGCUGCAGAGUCUGAGCCCGCAAAGGAGGAGACUGUCGCCGCAGAGCCGGUGGCGGAAGAAGAACCUGCCAAGGAGACUGCUGACGAGGCCAAGGUCGAGCCUGUCGAUUCUCCUGCCGCCGAGGAACCUGUUGAAGAGUCUAAGAAGCCAGUUGUUGAGGAGCCAUCGACGGAGCCCACCAAGGAGGAGAUUGUUGAAACUCCCGCCAAGGACGAAAGUGGUGAGAAGGUUGAUGAACAGCCCAAGGAAGCUGCUGUUGAGGAGCCGACUCCUGAACAGCCGGCUGCUGAGACCGUCGCCGAGGAAUCCGCCGUAGCAUCCGCACCGGUCGACGUUGAGGAGAAGACCGCAGAACCCGAGACUCCUGCGGAACAGCCCACCGCUGAGCCCGUCUCCCAGCCUGAGGAAGAAAAGCCUGUCGAGCAGCUCGUCGAGGAAAAUGUUGAGCCUACUCCUGAGCCCUCCACGGAGGAGCCUGUCUCUGAGCCUGUGGUCGAAGCUGCCGCUGAGCCUGUCACCGAAGAGAAGGCCCCGGAGCCUGAGGUCGAAGCGGAAGCCGACAAGCAGGACGAAGUUGAGGCUCCCGUCGAGCAAAAGGAAGCGUCCGUCAGUGAGCCUGCUCCGGCAGAGACUGAGAAUGUUCCUGCUCCUGCGGAAGAGACUCCCGCCCCCGCUGAGCAUGUGGUUGAGGAAUCCGCCCCCGAGCCAGCCAACGAAGAAGUGACUGACAAGGUGGAGGAGACGGAGACGAAGGAUUCUGUCGUGACUCCGGAGGUUAUUGCCGCCGGCGCUGCAGCUGCGGUUGGUGCCGGUGCUCUUGCUGCUGGUGUCGCUGCUGCGUCGCACAAGGAAUCCGAGUCCACCUCUGCUCCCACCGAGGCGAAGGACAAGAAGCCCGCGCAGGAACCUGAGCAGAAGGACACUCUGGCUCCUGUUAGCAAGGAUGCUCCCGCCACCGCGGCUGAACAGCCGACCCCCGAACCAGAGGCUGACCCUGCUCUUGCCGCCCUUGCUGGUGACCGAGAGGCCCUCCUCCAGAAGCUGAACAUGCCCUCUACGGAUCAGCUCCCCCCUGCCGCUGCCAGCCAGCAGUCCAUUCCGACUGCCAGCGCUGCGCCCCAGCAGACGGAGGCACCGGCCGAGGGAGCUUCUGCUCCUAAGGAGCCUGCUACAGCUGAAGGUGAGGAGAGAACUGCCAAGGCGGACGAGACCGUGCGUUCCCCCAGCCAGAACCGGUCCGUCACCGCUGUGUCUAUCAACAAUCAGGGCGACGGCUGGUUGAAGGCCAUUCUGCGCGCUGUCUUUGUCAACUUCUUUGGCACGAUCUUCUCGCCUUUCCGCCGCCGCAGAAACACCGACCAGUAG